AGAGAAUUAAAAAGAGAUCAGACUUGACAAUUUUAACAGGGGUGUUUAAGGACUUGAAAAAAUGAUAUGUAGUUAUUUUUGUUAAAGCUUAUGAGCGUCUAACAUCAUUUAAUUGAAAGCAACGCUUUAGCUAAAAAUUGUUUCAAUAGCAAAAGCUCCUGCUGGCUCUGCUGACCCCUUAGCAUCCUCUAUGCAGGAAAAAAAGAGAAGAAAAGUUAAAACGUGUUUUCUUUAACUAUCUGCCAGUGCGAGUGAGAUCCAGCUCCCACUUCAUGGCUAUAAUUUAUAGUGAAUUUGGUGAAAAUCCGUGCUGUUAUGCAUCUGAUUGGAGAAGCUGGUGGAGGUUGGAACUGUCCCAGGAGAUCCUUCUAUGUGUAGUUAUUCAGACCUUAUGACCUUAUGGUGGUGGAUAAUGCCUUGACUCUGGGAUUAGACUGUGAUAAAAUGCUUUACCUAUCUCCUUUUUUCCCUAAAUCCCUGUGGUGUUUAAAAAAAAAAAAAAAAAGAAAAGGCAAGUCUUCAUGUGGCACUCAACAAGUGCAUCAUUUGUGUUUUUGAAAUCAGUGGGAGGUGGAGCCAUGAGUCAAUCUAUACAACUCUUCUUCCUCGCCACUCUGGUUGGAAAAUACUGUGGUCCAGGAGCACCUACCAGUUGGGAGAAACAGACUGGAGCCUUAUAGUGGUGCCUUUUAUGAAACAAAGAUACUGAUGGGAUCAUCAGCCUACUCACCUUUGGAUCGGUUCAUCCAAGCAAACCCACACAGGAAGAUUGGAAUCAGGAGGAGGAAUCAUGAAAGACCAUACAGUGCUGAAAAUGAGCCAGAAGUGCCUCAGCUGCGCUGGCUUUCUGUCAAAAUUAUAGGCAUGAGAAAUCUCUGCAAAGCAGAUCUCUGUAGCCAAACUGAUUGCUAUGUCAAGCUGUGGCUGCCAACAGCUUCAUGUCAGGAAGCCCAGACAAAAACUGUACGCAACUGCAGAAACCCUGUCUGGAAUGAAACUUUCCACUUCAUGCUACAGAGUGAAGUAAAGAAUGUCCUGGAGCUGACAGUCUGUGAUGAAGAUACUUUUACACCAGAUGACCAUCUUAUGACUGUUCGCUUUGAUGUGGCUAAGAUCCAGCCUGGAGAAAAAGUUCGCCUGAAUUUUGAGUUGAAUCCAGAGAAUCAGGAAGAACUAGAAGUGGAAUUUCUACUGGAAAACUUACCAGGUGUAUCUGAGAAGAUCAUUACUAAUGGCGUAUUAGUGUCUCGUGAAGUUUCCUGUUUGGAAGUGCAUGUGAAUGAAACAAAAAUGAAGAGUUCUUACAAAAGGAGAGAUUUCACGUUCACAAUGAAAGGAUCCUAUGAAGAAAGCCAGGAGAUUUCCAUAGGUCCUCACUCCAGACCAGGAAGCAGUGAAACCACCAGGUUCCACUACAUCAAGCACAGUCAACCCAGACUGCUCAUGACUCUGCCAAAGGAGCGCUUUUUCUGUUGUCCUGGCUCAGGUAGGAGGGAAAUGGAUGUAAGUAGUCCCCUGGCUGUGCCUCUCCAUUCUCUGGACUUGGAAAAGAAAGUGACAGUGAUGAGAGAUGAAUCUUACGAGGUGUCUGUGAACGAGGAAAAAAGUUGCAAGAAUUUAGAUUUGCGGUUGGGGUUUGAUCUGUGCACUGAGGAGCAGGACUUCAUCUCUAAAAGGAAGAAGGUGGUUGCUGCUGCUCUGAAAAAUGUUCUUCAUCUAGAUGAAGACCUGCAGGAGGAUGAGGUGCCAGUGGUGGCAGUGGUGACUGCUGCAGGGGGAGUGAGAUCCAUGACAGCAUUGUUUGGCAGUCUUCUGGCUCUCCAGGAGCUGGGGGUUUUGGACUGCGUGUCAUACAUCAGUGGUUUAUCUGCCACAACAUGGACCAUGUCAAAGUUAUAUGAAGAUGCAAAUUGGUCACAAAAGGAUCUCAGUGGGCCAAUUGAUGGUAUCAGGAAGCAAGUGAUCAAGAGCAAGCUGCAUUGUUUCUCUUUGGAUCAUGUGAAAUACUAUGAAAAUAAGCUCUGUGAGAGAAAGCAAGAGGGGCACAAGGUGUCCUUUACAGAUUUGUGGGGACUUUUCAUUGAUUGUAUGCUACAUCAUCAGGAAAGUACUCACAAACUCUCGGAUCAGCAACUAGCAGUAAAUCAGGGGCAGAAUCCACUCCCCAUAUACCUGUCUCUCAAUGUCAAGGAUGACUUUAGCACUUUGGAUUUUAAAGAGUGGGUGGAGUUCACACCUUAUGAGGUGGGUCUCCUGAAAUAUGGGGCCUUUGUUCGUUCUGAAGAUUUUGGUAGCGAGUUUUUCAUGGGUCGCCGGAUGAAGAAGAUCCCAGAAUCUCACAUUUGCUUCUUGGAAGGCACAUGGAGCAAUAUAUUUUCCCAGAGUUUUAUGGAUGCUGUGUACCUUUCGGGUCAUUCAGAACACUUCUGGCACAGAUGGACUCGAGACACUGAGCAUGACAUUGAGAACCAUCCUGCUCUGCCCAAGAAGCCUCAUGAACAGGCAACCUGCUUAUCCAUUCCCAAAGGUUUCCUUUCCAAAACUCUUCGAGAAAUGAUUACUGGGCGGCCAGUUGUUUCAACUUACCAUAAUUUCCUCAAGGGCUUGCAGCUACAUAACAAAUAUUUGGAGAAUGAGAGCUUUUGCAUGUGGAAAGACACAGUGCUGGAUUCUUCUCCCAACCAGCUCAAUGAAAUGAGUGACUACCUCAAGCUGAUAGAUACAGCUUUCUUCAUCAACACCAGCUGCCCACCCAUUCUGAGGCCAGAGAGAAAAGUGGAUGUCAUUCUCCAUUUAAAUUACAGUGGAGGAUCACAGACUCUGCCACUGGACCUAUUUUCAGAGUACUGUUUGGAGCAUGGGAUCCCAUUCCCCAGCACACAGCUGAGCCAGGAAGACCGGGAACACCUGAAGGAGUGCUAUGUGUUUGAGGACAAGUUAGAGGCACCAGUCUUGGCCUAUUUUCCACUGGUGUGUGAUACCUUCCAAAAAUACAAGGCACCGAAUGUGGAGCGCAGUCCCGCGGAGAUGGAGCAGGGAAGAGUGGAUGUGUCCAACUGUGCUGCUCCCUAUGGCACUGGCCUGCUUACAUACACUGAAGAGAAUUUCAACAAGCUGCUUAACCUGUGCAGCUACAACAUCCUGAAUAAUAAACACCUGAUUCUCCAGGCUUUGCGAACUGCAGUGGAACGAAAGAAGCAACUUAAAAACAACUCAUCACCUAACUCAAGUAAACACACUUAA